CAAUUUCUAUCUUGCUUUUGUUAUUCUUAUCUUCGUGAAAACUUCGUAAAAAUAUGUCUUCCAUAUAUCUAUAAACCUCAAUUUCAUCACAUUUGCAUCAUAUUCGCAUCCAUGAAAAUUCCCGAAACCCGAAACGAUUGAGCAAAAUGUCAUUGAUAAUCAUAACGAAAUUCUAAGCCUUAAUGUCAAUAAUAUUAAACAAAUAAAUGAACAUUUUUCGUGCACUUACACUGGCUUAGAUGAGUAUUUCCACGAGUUCACUGUGUUGUUCUCACUUACGAAAAAUAUCAUAUAUCCUAUAAUUGAGCUUAUCAGCUUCAAGUAAAGUCGCACAAUACCUCUAAUUAUUCUAUAUCGAAAAAAAGAGAAAAUAUAUCUUUUAUCAAAUUUUUAUUAACAAGCGGGACUCGCGCACUCUGUCACACACAUCACAAGGAGCACUCACUACUAACCCGGACACCACCGUGCUGAGCGACAUCGCGGCGAGCAAUGAAAUGUCACGGCAACCCCAAGGCAAACUCAUAAACGCGCCUGCGUCAACGUGAGAGAGGAAAUGGGGGUAUUAUUUACCUCAUCAGUUGGGAAAUCACAUUUGGCAUGCGUCACGUGCAAUUGUGAUAAUUCAACUUCCUAUCGUCCUUCAUAAUAUAAAAAGCAAAUAUGAACAAUCGAUCGUCUUUUUUAACUCGUCAAUUUACUAUAAGUAAAUUUCUCUUUAUUAUGCAUUAUAAUUAUUAAUCUUUUGUAAAAAAAUCUUGCAAAGCGAAAAAGUCUAGGUAGUCAGUCUAGAUCAGUCAGUUUUUCAGGCAAACAAAGAAGCAUGUUGUGGUCAUUCUUAGUCAACGUGCUUGCGAAUCGUAAAAAGGGAAACACGUUACCCAACAAUCAUUAUUAUAUUAUAAAUCAGAUACUUCUCUCAGCGUUUCACCUGUGGCCAUAUCAAUGUUCGAGAUUUAUAAUAAUUAAUCACAUCAUCAAUUUGCUUUUAUCUCUGUCCUUCUGCUUCUUUCAAUUAACCUCGUUCUUAACGUAUCAAAUAUCUAUGGAUCUUCUCAUCAUGGUCCUAUCAUAUGCCGUGCCAUCUUUUAUAUGUACUAUACAGUAUUGCUCGUUUUGUAUUAAAUCUAACGCAGUGAAACAAAUUUUGAAAGACAUCCAUAACAGUUGGAGUGUUUUGAAAAACGAAAUGGAGCGCGACAUAAUGCGCAAAUAUUCGUUUUCUGGGCAACUGUGCACGAUAUUACUAUUCCUAUGUCUGGUUAUAAACCUUAUUUUGUACGCGUUCCUUCAACUCUUGCCGGAUAUUCUCAAUAUAAUCAAUCCGUUAAAUGAAACACGUCCACACCAAACAUACGCUGUAACGGAAUAUUUCGUCGACCCGAAACAAUAUUAUUAUCCAAUCUUGUGCCACUGGUUGUUCAGCAUAUUUUUCAAUAGUUCUAUCAUGAUAGCUACAACAACGUUGCAUAUAGUAUAUGUCGAACAUAUUUGUGGGAUGUUAAGUGUCGCUAGCUAUCGAAUUGAACAUUCGAUCGAAAAGCACGCAUCGUCUAAUUCUACGGACAAGGAAGCUUCUGUAAUUUUUCAAAAUAUAAGCACCGCGGUAGAGUUACAUCGGAAAGCUGUACAAUGCAGCACAUUUUUGUCAACUACUUUCGCGCUAGAUUUUUUUUUAAUGGUUGUAGCCAGCGUAUUAUCUUUGAGUUUAAACUUAAUGCGACUGUUCAAAGCAAUAUCACUGCUAAAAGAUGUAAACGAAUUGAUUUCAUCGGUAUUAUUAGUUGGCGCACAAUUACUAUUCAUGUAUUUGGAUAAUUAUUAUGGGCAAAAGCUUACGGAUCAUAAUAAUAAAAUUUUCUACAAUGCAUAUAACACGCCAUGGUACACAGUGUCAACAAAAAUCCAAAAGUUAUUUUUGUUCAUCAUGAAAUAUACCACGAAAACGUAUAUUUUAAAUAUCGGUAAUCUAAUUAUGGCUUCGAUAGAAGGUUUCGCUAAGCUUAUAAGCCUGUCGAUAUCUUAUUUCACGGUAAUCUAUUCUUUGCAACGAUAAAACAGAUGUCGCAAAAUUUAUCAUAAAUUAUAAAUACUGUAUA